CAUCUUUUGAGUUGUCUCUUUUUCUUCGUUCAAGCAUGUCAGAAGAUUUGGGACUGAAAUCUUCGAGUGAUUCAAUAAAGUCAAAUGAAUCGGUUAAAAAACAAAAAGUAGAUGAUAAAACUUAUAAAAAUGUUUCGAUAAAAUCGAUCUUAAAUAAUAAAGAUGUCCCACUACAUCAUAAGAAAGAUUUAAGUAUUGAUUCAAAAUUUGAAUCAAUUUCUUUACAGCCACAGCAAUAUCAAUACCUUCCUCCAGUACAAUACCCUCAACCACCACACCCCCAACUUCAACAACCAAGCCGAACUGCAUCUCCCGAAGAAAAACGAGGUCGUCGAUUUCGUAGAAGAUAUAAUCAAAUUGUUCGUAAAUAUAACUGUUCUUAUCCUGGUUGUUCCAAGAGUUAUGGCUCUUUAAAUCAUUUAAAUACUCAUAUAGUUACAAAAAAACACGGUCAAAGAAAAUCAAAAGCUGAUUUCACUCUUAAUGAUAAUCAAAAAUUAGAACAUCACGGUAAUUAUUGGUCGGUCCCCAAUAAUUACUUACCUUAUCAACCCCAACCUUACGUUGAUAAUAGAACCGGUUAUGUCUAUUAUAAUUAUGAUGAUCCUUACUAUUAUCAACAUCCACAACCAAUUCCUCCAAUGCAACCUAUUCCUCCAUUACAACAUAUGCAACAACAAGUACCUCCGGUACAGCAUAUACAACAACCACUACAGCAACCACUACAGCAACCACUACAGCAACCACUACAGCAACCACUACCGCAACCACUACCGCAACCCAUUCCACAACCCAUUCCACAACCCAUUGCUCAUCCACUUCCUCAUCAAAUGCCUCAACCAAUUCCUCCAAUUCAACUUAAUCCAUUACCCCCGGUUCUGGCUCCUCCGGUUCUGGCUCCUCCGGUUCUGGCUCCAGCUCUGGCUCCUCCAUCUCAACCAGGACAACAGCCUUCGGCCACUACUUCUCCAAAACCAUCUUCAAAUUCCUCACCAAAUCCUCCUCAAUAGACUAUAGAUUACUUGUAUUUUUAAUUUUCGGGCUUUAUUUUAAUUCAUCGGUUUUGCAUUAUUUAUUCACCUUUUCUUUCAUGUAUAUUCUGUAACAUUAAUGUAUCUCA